CCCGGCACGCAGGACCUGACCUCGGCGCUGACCAAGCGGAUCACCCUGAAGACUCCGCUCGUCUCCUCGCCCAUGGACACGGUGACCGAGGCCGGCAUGGCCAUCGCCAUGGCGCUCACAGGGGGAAUUGGCUUCAUCCACCAUAACUACCCUGAGUUCCAGGCCAACGAGGUGCGGAAGGUGAAGAAAUACGAGCAAGGAUUCAUCACAGACCCUGUAGUGCUGAGCCCCAACGACAGAGUGCGAGAUGUGUUUGAAGCCAAAGCUCGUCAUGGAUUCUGUGGGAUUCCCAUUACAGACAACGGGAAGAUGGGGGGCAAGCUGGUUGGCAUCAUCUCAUCUCGAGACAUCGACUUCCUAAAGGAGUCAGAGCACGACUUGCCCCUGGGCGAGAUCAUGACAAAGCGGGAGGAUCUGGUAGUGGCCCCAGAUGGUGUCAUGUUGAAAGAAGCAAAUGAAAUUCUGCAAAGAAGUAAAAAAGGCAAGCUGCCAAUUGUUAAUGAGGAUGACGAGCUGGUGGCAAUAAUUGCCCGCACUGAUCUCAAGAAGAACCGAGACUACCCUCUGGCUUCUAAGGACUCCAAGAAGCAGCUGCUGUGUGGUGCUGCUAUCGGGACACACGAAGAUGACAAGUACCGGCUGGACCUCCUUGUGCAGGCUGGCGUGGAUGCAGUUGUGCUGGAUUCCUCUCAGGGGAACUCCAUCUUCCAGAUCAAUAUGAUUAAAUAUAUUAAGGAGAAAUACCCCAGCCUACAAGUUAUUGGAGGAAAUGUUGUGACUGCUGCUCAGGCCAAGAACCUCAUUGACGCAGGGGUCGAUGCCCUGAGAGUCGGGAUGGGCAGUGGCUCCAUCUGCAUCACGCAGGAAGUGCUGGCAUGCGGCCGCCCCCAGGCCACAGCUGUGUACAAGGUGUCCGAAUAUGCCAGGAGGUUUGGCGUCCCAGUGAUUGCAGACGGAGGGAUUCAGACAGUUGGACACAUCGCCAAGGCCCUCGCACUCGGUGCUUCCACAGUGAUGAUGGGCUCUCUCCUGGCUGCCACCACGGAGGCCCCAGGCGAGUACUUCUUCUCGGAUGGAAUCAGGCUGAAGAAAUACCGUGGCAUGGGCUCACUAGAUGCCAUGGACAAGAACUUGGGUAGCCAGAACCGGUAUUUCAGCGAGACGGACAAAAUCAAAGUGGCCCAGGGGGUCUCUGGCGCAGUGCAGGACAAAGGCUCUAUCCACAAGUUCAUUCCAUACCUGAUUGCUGGGAUCCAGCAUUCCUGUCAGGAUAUUGGUGCCAAGAGCCUGACCCAAGUCCGAGCCAUGAUGUACUCGGGAGAGCUGAAGUUUGAGAAGAGGACAACAUCUGCCCAGGUGGAAGGAGGGGUUCACGGCCUCCAUUCGUAUGAGAAACGUCUCUUCUGAAAGAGGCCCCUCUGUGUCUGUCGUUGUGCCACUUGGCCUCACGCUACCCCCGAUGGGAGCUGCUCUUGCUGCAGAAGUGCCAUUUCUCUGUAGGCUGCCUGGAGCUCCCUGUAUCUGUUGGCUGCUUUAUCCCCACCUUCGAGGGUCCACAAGCCACCCAGGAACCAUGUUCUUGGGCUGGUGCCUGGAGCCUCGUAUGUGUUGGCUGUGUUUUACAAUAAAAGAGGAAAAGAUGUGUA